GGUCACUACAUAAUGCUACCACGCAACUGUACUGCUACGCGUGGCGACCCAAGGACCCGAUUCCCGCCCAAACAUGUCCAGUUCUCACCAGGACGACGACCAGUCCAUAGCUCGCGCGCUGGGACUGGAGCAAUUUGCAGUGGACGAGGAAGAUAGCGCCUCAGUAGGCAACUUCAUCGCGCCCAAGGUUCUUGAAGCGCCUCGGGGCGUGGGCGAGACCGAACUCGACAGCGAGGGCAGGCAUCUGCAGCGUUCUGAAGGCGCCGGCACAGAGCCGAGUGUGGUCCAAUGGGAACAGCACCAGUACCAGCACCAGCACCAUCCACACGCAGCAAGCUACCAGGACCCGCGCAGCGGGGACGCACACAGGGAGCUCCACCGCGCCUCGGGUGGUGGCGUGUUGAGGGCUGCGGCCUCCACUGGAACGCCGAUGCACUCCUCUGCGGGUCCGACACAAGUUCAGCCACAGCAGAACCCCCGACGGCAGAGGCAGCAGCAGCAGCAGCAGCAGCGCCAGCCAAGGAGCCAACCGCCCAAGGCUGCACGGGUGGCUUCUGCAGCGGAGGAGGAUGAGGCGCAGCAGCAGGCUGCGCAGGCGGUGGCUCAAGUGCUGAGUGGAGCUCAGGUGCCGCGCCUGCCAGCAUUUCGGGCUCUCAUGGACCUGGUCAACAACUCGGCCCCGGCGGCUGCGGCAGCAAGAGCGGCCACUGGGCAGAAGGCGGAGAGGAAGGGUAGCCAUGGGGCCGCGGGCCUGCCUGGCGGGGCUGGAGCAGAGUGAGCAGGUGGAGGCGGAGGGUUUGAGACGCUAGCACAGGAUAUAAACUGCGAAGGAGGCGUGUACGGUAUGGCAGGUCAGGCUUUCGAGUGCAGAACAACCUGGGCGGGGGCCAGUUGCAGGCUCCGCGAGCCCAGACUCCAGACAUUCGAAGUCUGAGCCUCGUCCUUUGGUCCUAAGGGGAAAGGAGACUUGCCAUGAAAUGCGGCGAACUGAUGUCAAAACACAUAGGGCGCCCCGAGUCAUUCCUGAGUCGGCGAUGGUGGGUUCAUGCGGUCUUCCGAUUUCAGUCC